UAGAAGUGAGGUUACAUCGUGAAUUUUCUAUUUUUAAGAUCUGAGUAAUAGAGAAACGCUAGGGGAGCAAUCACGAAAAGAUUGCACUUAAGCGAAUUCUUUAAUUUGAUCAAUAUAUUGAGCAAUUAUUUGCUGAAGCAUGUUUUUUUAUUUCAGUUUAAUGUUGUACGUAAAAACAGCACAUUUGACAGCUUUAUUCACAUUUAAUUGAUAUUAUCGAUAUAAGAUUGAGAAGACGCAGUUCUGUCUCUAAAGAAAACAUCCUGCAUAUACGAUAAUGUCUGCAGUUAUUAAGAUGUUAUUCUCACACUGUCGGAGUAAUUUAUACCUAAUCGUUGGUAUAUGCAUGGGCUUAAGUCUAAGUUUGUUCUUUGCUCCUGUUGAGAUUGAUGAAUGCCACGAAGGAUCAGAUUCUCUACCAUACAUGGUAGAUACCCAUAACUUCAAUGAUGAGUAUGAGCCUAAAAUAAAUAUUGAAGGGAAGCCACAGCAUGCUCAAAAGACUCCCAAGGUUUUUGUGAGACCAAGAUAUUAUUCCACCGAGCUUGGAAUUCGGGAUAAACUCUUUGUUGGUGUGAUAACCAAUCGAGAGUAUUUACAUAGUCGUGGAGUUGCACUGAAUAAAACAAUAGCACACUUGGUUGAUAAGGUGCGAUAUUUUAUCUCGAUACCUGAAGGUACCAAACCAAAUGUCUCACUACCUGGUAUUGUUGGGUUCACUGACACACGUAGUAUUCUAAAACCCUUUCAUAUCAUGAAAUAUAUCACUGAUAAUUACCUGGAGGACUACGACUAUUAUUACCUGAUAAAAGAUGCAAGUUAUAUUAAUGCGAGAAGACUUAUUGAGCUUGUCAAUAAAAUAAGUGUCAGUCAGGAUAUUCACAUGGGUGUUCCUGGAGAUACAGAAACCUACUGCUCUCUGGAUGCUGGAAUCUUAUUAAGCAAUUCUAUAAUUCGAGAAAUGAAAACCAAUUUGGAUUGGUGUGUAAAGAAUACAUAUUCAGACUCCGAUGAUAUUAACUUUGGCCGAUGUAUAGUACACUCAUUACCUGUUCUCUGCACAAGUACAAGUCAGGGGCAGACAUUCCACUCAGAAAAAUUGGAUCCAACUUUCCAUUUUGAAACUUCUCUAUCUAAACUAAUAGCUAAUAGUAACAUAGCAGAUUCUGUUUCAAUUUAUCCAAUUUACGACCACACAGUGGUGUACAAAAUGAGCGCCUAUAUCGCCACGACGGAACUAGCGAAAGUCCAGAAGAAAAUCUCUGAAUUACGCAAGGUCAUACUGAAGACAGCACAUUUGGGACCGAAAGACAAACGUAAUGUAUCCUGGCCAGUUGGUAAUCAACCAGGAAACAAACCACCAGGUCGUUUCGACGUUCUCCGUUGGACGUAUUUUAACGAGACCCAUACAUUUCUGGAGAAUGAUAUGGACAUCUUACGAGAGUUACAUGGUAGCACCAAGAUGGACGUAGAUCAAGUGACAAAAACUGCCGUCGAGAGAAUCGAAAAUAAGUAUGACGGAGAAUUGAAGUUUAAGAAGCUGGUGAACGGCUAUAGGAAGUUAGAUGCUUCCCGGGGAAUGGAUUACAUCCUAGAUAUCAGUUUCACGGAAUUAUCCACUGGAAAGGAGUCUAUUAAGCGCGUCGAAGUCUGCAAACCUUUAGGCAAGGUGGAGAUCCUUCCUGUACCCUAUGUUACUGAGAACUCCAGGAUCAACAUGAUCUUGAUGGCGAAUCCUCAGAAGAAGACGGAAACGCUCACCUUUAUGAAGAAAUACGCUGAGAACUGUAUGGAGAAAAAAGAUAAAACUUUUCUUAUGGUAGUUCUUUUAUAUGACCCGUCAGCGCUUUCCAGAGGAAAGGAGGACGUUUUCUACGAUAUUAAACAAUUAGCACUGAUAUUAACUGAAAAAUACAAAAAGGAUCAGUCAAAAGUAUCCUGGCUUUCCAUACGAUUACCAACUGCUUUUACUGCUAUUGAAUUGGAUCCUAUGCUCAGGAUCGCAAUAGCUGACCUGUCCGUGAAGAAGUUUACAGCAGAAAGUCUCAUCCUCUUCACGGAUCCCGGGAUAGACUUAAGAUCCGACUAUUUGAACAGAGUACGAAUGAACACGAUCAGCCAGUGGCAAAUCUUUAGUCCCAUCCCCUUCACGGGAUAUCAUCCUGACAUAGCCUACGCGGAAGAUAUCAAACACGUAGAGAUGGAUAUUACGAGAAACCAUGGAAGAUACGACGAUACCAAUUUUGAGAGUAUCAGCUUUUAUGCCAAAGAUUACACAACCAUGCGCAAAACCAUAGAGCCACUUUCGAUUCCUCUAGUAAGAACUGACAAGGAUAUUCCAGAGUUGUUGAAGCUAUCUUCUCAGACCCUCAUAGAAUCCUUGUUCGACAUGUUUGUAUCCUUCAGCGAUCUUCACUGUUUCCGCGCCGUAGAACCGGCUCUCAAGAUCCGUUACAAGGACGUCAGUUGCGCCGGAACGCGCAGCGACGUCGCAUAUAAAAAAUGCAUAAGGGAACGUAGCUUCCGCCUUGGUCAUCGCGGUCAACUUGCCAAACUCAUCCUAGAAUACCAAAGUAGUCAAUGAUGAUGGUGAUGAUCAUAACGACACGUAUUAUAAUACGUACGUGUAGUAUUAUAAAUCUAUUAAUGGAACUCCUAAUUAAAUUAAUAUCCAGUGUCAUUGCAUCGUGGGACUAAAAUAUUGUAUUAUUCAAUGUCAAACAAUUAUCUUGUGAUGUAAAAGUUAAAAAUAUUUUCUAUACCAUUGA